AUGACACAUUCUACUUCAUCUGACUCAGAAAGCUCUUCGCGGAGCGGUAGGGUGAAUUUGAAAACAAGGAAGAAAAAGAAGAAGAAACCGUUGUUGUCGCCGCAGACCUCGAUCAACAAUAUUUGGAGAUGCUUCUCAAGCCCCCGCCCUCAACAAGCCCUGGCGAUCCUGCCACUGGAUCAGCCAGAAAAAGCUGCUCCAAACGGCAAUCAUAGUAACGAAUUGCUUACUGAAGGACGUCUCCGAGCAGUAACACAGUGCCAGCGAAAAGUGAACGAGAUCGUCAAAGAGUGUAAGCGGGUGAAUAUGAGAUAUAGAGACCAUGACUGGGACCUCUUAUUUGAUUUUGCGGAUCAAGGUCAUUGUCUGAAUGGGCUUCGACAGACAAUAUUUGAUCUCGGUGAGGUAUCUUGCCUCGACACGGAGUCAAAUGCACCUGGUGCCGUCAAAAGGGUACAUGAAAUCUUUUCACUGCCUACGUUCAUGAAGAACGUAGAUGGCGGGGAUGUGAAGCAGGGCAAGCUCAGCAACUGCUGGUUUGUUGCAGGCUUGACCGCUCUUGCGAACCUUGAACAUGGGCUCACUCAGACAUGUGCGGCGCAUGACACAGGAGUCGGCGUCUACGGCUUCGUCUUCUACCGAGACGGAGCGUGGACAUACACCAUCAUCGAUGAUACACUCUACCUUCAAUCACCCUGUUGGGACUCUCCGAGUUUGCAGAGAGCACUUCUGCAACAGACCGAUCGAGUUGACGCGGAAAGUGAGUACAAGAGAACGUACCAGACCGGUUCCAAGGCCCUUUUCUUUGCCCAGUGUAGAGACCAGAACGAAACCUGGGUUCCUCUCAUCGAGAAAGCUUAUGCGAAGGCUCAUGGUGACUAUGCAGCAUUGGCAUGUGGCUGGGUUGGUGAGGGGCUGGAAGAUCUUUCCGGCGGAGUAACGACUCAGCUAUUUACCUCAGACAUUCUUGAUCCUGACGUCUUCUGGGCUGAUGAAUUAUCCAAGGUCAACCAGGAGUUUCUGUUUGGCGCCUCGACUGGGAUACUGGAUGGCGGCUACGGCGAACGUGACGGCAUCUCAGAGGGCCACGCCUACAUUGUCGUGGCGGCCCACACACUCAAGUCGGGCAAGAGGCUGCUCAAGAUCCGCAAUCCGUGGGCUCAUGCCCGUAAGGGCAUCUGGGAAGGCGCCUGGAGUGAUGGCUCAAAGGAGUGGACGGCAGAAGUCCAGCAGGAACUCGGGCAUCGCUUCGGUGGCGACUCUGUCUUUUGGAUCUCUUUCGAAGACUUUCUGCGAAAAUACUCGCACCUGGAUCGCACAAAGCUCUUCCGAGACGUAGACUGGAGGUGCACCCAGAGCUGGAUCAGCAUUAACGUGCCCUGGAGGGCAUGCUACCAAGACCGAUUCCGUAUCGUCCUGACAAAAGAGUCUCCAGCUGUCGUCACAGUUUCACAGCUUGACGGACGAUAUUUCAAUGGCCUCCACGGCCAAUACUCCUUCUGUAUUAGUUUUCGCAUUUAUCAUGAAGCAGACUCAGGGGUUCGUCGGUGCGUAGCGCAGUCUCAUGGUAACUAUUUGAUGACACGAUCAGCUUCUGUAGAGCUGCCCGAGUUGACACCCGGUACCUACACUAUAUGCACACGAGUAGAUGCGGAAAGAGACACGUCGUUGGAAUCGGUCGAGGACGUCAUCAAGCAGGAGUGCAGGGCCAGGACGGAGAACCUCAAGCUGGCGCAGGUUGGCUUUGCUUACGACUUAGCCCACAAGAAGGCUGAAGCUUAUACUAGCGAAGUCAAACGCUUAGAAAAGAUCAAGGAUCGAGAGAGAGCAUCAAAAUGCCGUCAGGAGGAGCGCCGUCGAAGAUGGGAGGAACGCCACAUCAAACGGGUCCUUACCAAAAAGCAGAAACAGAAGAACAAAGGCAAACAGCGAACUCGUUGCAAAGUUCACAAAGAAACAGAUAGCGCUUCUAACAAAGAGCCCCUGAUUUCGACACACACGGGUGCAGGGGCAUUGACGAGGAACGCCAAUGCUGAUGUCGAAGGGACGGGAGAUUACACUUUACUAGGUGGCGUUGAAAAGGGUACUGUUCAACAGGAAAUCAUCGUCGGCAGUCAUACAGGAGACGGAAUGGUGAUCCGGUCAUGCCAUGGGAGGCUUGUGGGAGCAGAGGAGUCGCCGGUAAAGCCUGUGCCAGUGUCGACAUCUUCAAGACUUGAUGAGCGUUUACCUGGUUCUUCCUUUUGGGACUCGGCUGGCGAUUCAUCAGAUUCCCCGAUUGGUGAAUGGGAAGAGCUGUACAACACUGAUGACACCACACACUCUCUGGAGAAAGAGUCGAGGGAUGAGCCUCGGAGGAAUACUAGGUGUGAGCAUGCUGUGAGGGGAGCUCUAGUAGGAGAGAGCACAGACAGUGAUAACUCAAGUGAAGACGAAACGCCGAGUCCUUGGAAUGCUGUGUGUAUUGUGGGUGUUCGGGUUUACUCGAAAGACAAAGCUAUCACACUCCAAACAUUAUUUGACUGA